AUGACAUAUUUAUGUCACCUAGUGGUGCCAGAUUUGUCACCCAGUUGUGCCAAAUUUAUGUCACCUAGUGGUGCCAGAUUUAUGCCACCUCCACCUAGUGGUGCCAGAUUUAUGUCACCUAGUGGUGCCAGAUUUAUGUCACCUAGUAGUGCCAGAUUUAUGUCACCUAGUGGUGCCAGAUUUAUGUCACCUAGUGGUGCCAGAUUUAUGUCACCUAGUGGUGCCAGAUUUAUGUCACCUAGUGGUGCCAGAUUUAUGUCACCUAGUGGUGCCAGAUUUAUGUCCCCUAGUGGUGCCAGAUUUAUGUCCCCUAGUGGUGCCAGAUUUUUACUUAGUACCAGGCGUCGUAGACCUGUACCCUCUGGUGGUGAAAGCCGGUCAUCAAGUGGGUCUCGAAGGGGGACUAGAAAUACUGGCGGCACCAAUACACCACCUAAUAACCAUAUACCACGGAUAAACGAUAGACCAAUUACAUUUGAAGUGCAAGAUCUAGAUGAACUAGAUUCAGAUUCUUCAUCAGCUAUAGUAGAUUUAACACAAGAUUCAGAAGUUGUUGAUCUGACUCAAAGUCCUGUAGUGUGUCUAGGUGAUAGCGAUUCUAGAAAUCGUCAUCGUCGUGCAAUGCAUCUAUCACAAAGGGUAAAUGAAAUUGAUCCCAAUGUGGUUGAAUGUAGCAGUGAUGAAGAUGAUCUUCAGAUACUUCCUGUUGUUUUAGAUGUAGGAAUGCACACAAGUCCUGAUGGCCUUAAUGCUGGUUCAAGUGACAAUACAACAGUAGAUACAUCACCAGUUAGAAGAUGUAUUACAUGUCCUGUAUGUAUGGAUGAUGAGAAACAGAUAAAAUCCAAUAGACGGCAUUUAGUAUCAACUGUAUGUGGUCAUAUAUUUUGUAAUAAAUGCAUAGUGGGAGCUAUACAGUCACAACAUAGGUGUCCAGCAUGUAGAAAGAAGAUAUCAAUGAGACAGUUUCAUCCUAUUUUUCUAUAGAAAUUAUUUUCAUAGUCUGAGCUUUGUUUACUACGCAUCCUGGCUUCCACCGUGAAUGGACUAUCCCUAUGCUGAAAUAUGAUAUAGAUACCUGCAAGACCAAGAACCCCCCCGAGCUGAUUCUACUGAUUCAUGGCAGCUGUGAGGGUGAUAGACCCCUUCCAUGCUGGAAGCAAAGCUGGAACACCAUUUAUGCUUUUUGUUAAGAAACAUCUGAAAAAUGAUUGGGAAUAAUAUUUGUUGUUG